AUGUUUCCGACAAAAUGGAAAACAUCAAAAAUUAUCCCAAUCUACAAAUCUGGUGCCAAAUAUGAUGUCAACAACUACAGGCACAUAGCCAUACUCUGCGCUGUCAGUAAAGUUCUCGAGCGUCAUAUUCACAAUCAUCUUUACCAGUUUCUCGUGAGUCAUAACUUAUUACAUCAUGCCCAAUCUGGUUUUCGAAGAAAUCACUCGUGUGAAAUAGCGCUAUGCAAACUUGUGGAUAUGUGGACAUCCAACAUGGAGAGCGGCCUCAUAAAUGGGGCAGUAUUUAUUGAUCUACGCAAAGCUUUCGACAUGGUAGAUACAGAUUUGUUAUUACGAAAACUUGCAGUUUACAAAUGUGAUGAUUUGACAUUAUCCUGGUUUAAGUCAUACCUGCAAGAAAGAGACCAAUGUGUGCACUUUAAAGGAACUUUGUCAUCUAAGAAAUCUUCUCUGUAUGGUGUCUCCCAAGGAAGUAUUCUAGGACCUUUAUUGUUUAUAAUGUUUAUUAAUGAUCUUCCAUUAUAUGCCAAUUCCAACACAGACAUGUAUGCUGAUGAUUCGACAAUCCAUACAAGUGCUAGAACAGUUGAGGAACUCAAUAAUAAAUUAACUGAGGAUAUGACAAACGUUCAAGCUUGGUGUACUAACAAAAACAUGGUAAUAAAUGACGCUAAAACGAAGGCAAUGAUGAUAACAACAUCUCAGCGCGCAGCCACAUUAAAUUCAAAUCUACGAGUAGAAUUUAACGGUGUCCAGUUAAAGAAUACCAACAAUGAGAAAAUACUUGGGGUUGUUAUGAAUGAACAUCUUUCCUGGAAACAGCAGAUUGACAAAGUAGCAAAAUCUCUAAUUAAAGGAAUUCAUCUUCUGAGACAGAUCAAAGAAUAUUUGCCUAUUGGUCACCGAGUAAUUUACUACAAGUGUUUCUUACAACCUCAUGUAGAUUAUUGCUGUACAGUUUGGGGACAAUCAUGUCAUAUUAUUCGCAUACAUAAACUCCAAAAGUUAGCUCUGAGAAUUAUUUACGACAAACCGAAGCUAACCUCUUCUGGGCCACUAUUUAAAGCUGCUGGAGUCCUGCCUAUACAGCAAAGA